CCGCCUCCCCUUCUAUCCACCACGGUGGCGCCCCAGGAAUCUGACACGCACCGGCCGCGUUCCCAGCGCAGCCGAAGCCGAAGCUGCAACCUGCGCCGGGUUGGGGCCAUGGGCGCCCCGCGCCACUCGGGUCAUGAGGACGCAGGCGGAGGCAGCAGGGUCGCCGCUCGAGCCCGGGGAUUUUGUGCAAUUACCUGUGCCCAUCAUCCAACAGCUGUACCACUGGGACUGUGGCCUGGCCUGCUCCAGGAUGGUGCUACGGUACCUGGGCCAUCUGAACGAUGAAGAGUUUGAGAGUGCCCUACAAGAGCUGCGGCUGACCAGAAGCAUCUGGACAAUUGACCUGGCCUAUCUGAUGCGCCAUUUUGGCGUGAGGCACCGCUUCUGUACCCAGACUCUGGGUGUUGACAAAGGUUACAAGAAUCAGUCGUUCUAUAGGAAGCACUUUGACACAGAAGAGACCCGAGUGAACCAACUCUUCUCACAAGCCAAGGCCUGCAAGGUGCUGGUGGAGAAAUGUACAGUAAGUGUGCAGGACAUCCAAGCACACCUGGCCCAGGGCCAUGUGGCCAUCGUGCUGGUGAACUCAGGGGUGCUGCACUGUGACCUGUGCUCCAGCCCUGUCAAGUACUGCUGCUUCGCUCCCAGUGGCCACCGCUGCUUCUGUCGCACCCCUGACUACCAGGGCCACUUCAUUGUUCUACGUGGCUACAACAGGGCCACUGGCUGCAUCUUCUACAACAAUCCAGCCUUUGCUGACCCAGGAAUGUGCAGCACCAGCAUCAGUAACUUUGAGGAGGCCAGAACCAGCUAUGGCACAGAUGAGGACAUCCUCUUUGUCUACCUGGACAGCUGACAGUAAGAGCCUGGUAUGCCCAGGCCUACCUGCCCCUAGCCAGGCAGGUCUACUCAGGAUGCCCAGGCUGGGGGCUUCCGGGGCUAGGAUGCAGAACUGUAGCAUCAGUCUGUCUGACAAAGCCCUGGAGAACUCUAGGAAACUAUGGUACAGCUAGUUUGUCAACCAGUGCUAUGCGUCACCAUGCCACUUACCCUAAACACCUGCUGAUUGCUGAAGACAUCCCCAGAGCAUCUGAGGGGAGUCUCCCCCCAGACCCCAAACCCAAUUCCAACUGUGUGCAGAUGAAGUCCUUCCUUAGGGAUACCCAUGUUGUCUUCUGGCAAGGGGAAAGCUCUGGCCUCAGGACUGAUCCUUGGAGAGAGAAGUGUGUGAUCUUCUGCUGCUUGUCAAGACAGCGUCUGUGUUUGGAGAAAGCACAGCUGAACCCAGGCCCCAGAAACUGGACCCCUUAAAGCCCAGAUCUAGAAGUGUUCCAUAGCACCCCCUUCCCCAACCCUGCCCAAUGGUGGAUGCCACUAUUACUGCCUCCUGCCUUCAGCAUGUGCAAGUUUCUGUGACCACUAUCAAGGCUAAUGCAGCAUAAAACACCUCACAGCCAGUCUGCAGCGCAGACAUAGGAAUGCUCCCAGCCUUUUGGGUACUACAGUUCCAUAGGGUGGAGGGCCUUUGGGAGUUGCUGGGCCUGGCUCCACUACUGGUUCUGUUAGCCAGCAGCACAGAAAUUCUCCAGGAAUCAACAGCUGCCCAGACCUGAGAGAGCCUUUUAUUUCCUUGACGCCUUCUGGCACCAGCCUGAAUCUGAAGAGCAGGGGCUGUCGUCUGAGGGUGGGGACCGCCAGGUCUCUGGGGGCUGAGUGCUCCCAGAACAAUGGUCAGGAGGCAGCAUACAGCUCCUACCCACUCACACCAGGACCUUUUGCACGGAACCUUGGCUCCUGUCUGUCUUGACAGAGGAGGGGUAACACCAGAGUCAUACAGCACAGCAAGUAGCAAUGACAGAAAUUGAUUGCUUUUUCUUUUUGGAAGCAGGAAUGUUUAUUUUAUUGAAAUUUAAGAUUUUGCUUUUUUUGGGGGGGGUGAGUGUCACCUUCAAGUAAAACAAUAAUAGUGAGACUGCAGGUACUUUGGAACCACUAGUACCUCUUUCACACAGCAGGUAAGCUAGCUCAAGUUUUUUCAAAGAAGAGGCUUAGCCAGUGGUCUGAGUGCCAGGCCCCUUACCUUACAGAGGAGGAGGCUUGAGCACUGGGGACAGCCUAUCAAGACUGGUGGAGCUGGAUCGUGAACCUACAUCUGUACCUAAGAAACAAGGGAAAUAGGUCAUUCUCAAAGAGGCUAGGGACACCCAUCUCUCAUGGACUGCCUCUGGCAAAGAGGCAGGGGUACCCUGAUAGCACACCAUCUCUACAUUUCUGGGACUUGAUCUUCUAUUACCCCAGGUAUGAUAUGGAAGCAGCUGCUUCUCCUGCCCACCAGUGGCCCUCUCUCAUCUUGGUAGCUCUGAGGGGCAGAGGUAGUUUGCGCUUAAAAGGGCUGUCAGAUCACCUACCCAUAUUGCUCCUCAAUACUGGACAGCAUUGGCCCAAGAGGGAGAUGCUUUCAGCUAGGAAGCAACUCUGGACUUCAGACACUCAUGUUAGCUUUUGUCUGGUUUCAUUUUCAUUGCCUUAAUGCUAGAUCACCCAUGGCUCCAGGGAAUUCUGAUUUCCAGCCCCUAAUACUCACAGCUGCUGUGAAGUAUGAGUGUCCUCAGGAGAGGUUCAGGUGUGAACUUCUCACAAGAAUAACUUCAUGAAGGAAGCUGACAGGACCAAGCGAAGCCCUCAUGCUAUGUGGAUGUACAUGAAGUGUGGUGUCCAUGCUGGCAUGGUGGUCAUUGGGAAGUGACCUCCACAGAAAGUAGUCACAGCACCUCUUCCAUCCAGGACAUUUAGGAAUGUUGUCUUUGGGUCCAGAUAAUGGAUUUUCAGAGCAAGUUAUAGAUUACAGGUCACCUGUUGGUAAAAUUAACAAAACGUACACACACACACACACACAAACAACCCUGCUCAUCCCCAAGACACAGAGGAGAAUCAUAAAGACAGUACACAAGCCACACUGUGUUCUUGCACAAGUCAUGAAAAUGGGAUUGAAAAAAGAGCCUGGACAUCAGGGACUUUGUCCACAGCACAUGGCACCCUCAAUUGCCUAGCCCAUCCUCACACUGCACCCCAGUCAGUGCAACCUCUGAAGCCAUGUGGGACAGAAAGUGGCUUUGUUCCCUCCAGCCACAAGGGGAUGAAAGGGAUCUUUUGCAUUGCAGAGAUUUUAUACAUAAAUAUAUUUUAUUUGUAAUGAGCCAUUCUCAAUAAACAUUACUCUUACUGCAUAAUAA